AUGGAAGAAGCAGAUCAGUUAUGUUUGGCAGCUAAAUCCGGCGACUUGAAAAAGGUCAAAACUUUAAUAAAUUCCGGCGCCGACGUGACCCACUUCGACGGCGACGGAUUAACGCCGUUAAUGCACGCCGCGAAAACGGGAAACGCAGAGAUUAUAACGGCGUUACUCGAGUCAGGAGCUCCAUGGAAUGCUCUGUCUCCGUCAAAUCUCUCAGCCGGAGAUUUCGCCAUGGAAGGAGGUAACCAAGAAGCUUUCGAUCUCCUCCUCAAAACCGGAAUCGAAUCAGAGCUAAUCUUAGGAACAAUCGCAAGAAAAGAAACCAAAAACGAAUACUCGAAUCAAGAAUACUUACAAGACCGAGUUAGUUUCAGUGAAGACAAGAUAAUGGACAAUGAAAGCAAAGGUGUAAUGAUGGCUUGGGAAAAACCAUUAAUGGAAGCUCACGCUAAAGCAAUUUGCAACAACGGUGGUUCGAUUCUCAACGUUGGUUUCGGUAUGGGACUUGUCGAUACCGCGAUUCGACAGUAUAAACCGACAAAACACACGAUCAUCGAGGCGCAUCCCGAUGUUUACAAGCGUAUGAUCGAAUCAGGAUGGGAUAAAAUGGAGAAUGUGAGGAUUGUGUUUGGUAGAUGGCAAGAUGUUGUUGAUGAUCUUGAUGAAUGUGGUUACGAUGGGAUCUUUUUCGAUACUUAUGGAGAGUAUUACGAAGAUUUGAGAGAGUUUCAUGAGAAGUUACCGAAGUUGUUGAAGCCUGAUGGUGUUUACUCGUAUUUCAAUGGGUUUUGUGGGAGUAAUGCGUUUUUUCAUGUUGUGUAUUGCAAUUUGGUGAGUUUGGAGAUUGAGAGUUUGGGUUUGAGUACUCAGUUGAUUCCUUUGCCGGUUAAAGAUUGUCUUGGUGAUGAAGUUUGGGAAGGUGUCAAGCAGAAAUAUUGGCAGCUUGAUACUUAUUAUCUUCCUGUUUGUCAGUUUAGUGAGUGA